AUGGAGUUAGUGCCCUUUAACUCUGAUUCCAAAUCAGAACCAAACAGUUCAUCUCCUCCCUGGCAAGACAUGUUCCGAUCUGCAUCCAUUAGGAAACCGGAAACUAACGACGCGCCUCCUCCAAAAUCCCACGCGCCACCGCCACCACCACAAGAUGGAGGCAAUUCUCUCUCCAAUGAUCCACAGGUACGUCUUGCCCUCUACAUAACCAUGGCACACGCAGGCCUUGCCUUUGCAGUAUUUGUUCUCUAUGGAGUCUGCAAACUUCUUGAGGAUUUUUUAAGGCCAAUUUUAUGGGCUGUGCUCUGUUCAAUCCCAUUAAGAGGAAUUCAACAGACACUUGUUGGAUUUUGGUCUGAGCCGCUGACAUUAGGGCUCACAGAGACCAUAUUGGCUGUCCCGGUAGCUAUAUUCAGAGUCUUUGUUGGGACUCUUGUAGAGAUUAAAGAAAUGAUUUUUCGGAUUGUUCUUAGGAAAAAGAAGUCUAAUAUUCUGAGGAGGAAAAAGAGUGGGUUUUACAAGUUGUUGAGGUGGCUUGUCUCCUUUUGGGUGUUUGUGAUAGCCUAUGAACAUAUUGGUAGUUUUGGGUCUAUUUCACUUCUUGCAUUAGGGUUCAUGUUUACAGCUACUGGUGUGGAGUCAACAAUGAGUACAGUUACUUCAUUGAGGAGUCAUAGCUUUCGCCGCUUCCCGGUGAGUGCAUUUUUCACUAGAGGUAUAUUGAAAAGAUUGGAGACUAUGGUUGCUAUAGGGUUGAUUGUAGGAAUUAGUGUGGGAUCCUUGGCUGGCACGAUUUUCUUCUCGUACAAAAUUGGGGUGGAAGGAAAAGAUGCUGUUUUUGCACUUAAAUCUCAUGUGGAAGAGAGUAAUUAUGCUGAGAAGAUUGGGGUUAAGAAAUGGAUGGAUGAAAAUGAUGUGCCUGGAAUGGUGGAUACUUACUCGACUAAGUUUUAUGAAACUGUGUCUGAUCAGAUUGAUGGUUUGGCGAUGCAAUACAACAUGACUGAGUUUGUUACGGGGAUCAAACAUUUUGUCAUAACCCCUUCAUCAAAUUCAUCAGGUAAGUCUACAGCACUGAUGAGCCCUUCUCCGUACGCUGAGAAAUUUUUGAGCUUGAAAAGGAGAGUAAGGGAGCGCGAGUGGGGGCAGAUAUACACAGAAGUGGAUGGAAUUUUCAGGGAAUUUUUGAUUACUAGAGAGGAUUUGGUUGAGAAGGCUAAAGGCUUUGCUGUUCAAGGAAUGAAUGUGAUGCAGAGUGUAUUAGUUAGCAGUAAAUCUGUUCUUGGUGGCAGUGCAAAGCUCAUGUUCUUGGUUGCGAAUUCUAUUGUCUCUGGAGCUGCAGGGUUAAUCAAUUUUCUUUCGCAGACAAUGGUUUUCUUUUGGGUUUUAUAUUAUCUAAUCACAUCAGAUUCCGGCGGAGUUACAGAACAGGUUAUGUAUAUGCUUCCCAUUUCGCAGUCUGCAAGGACUCGAUGUGUUGAGGUUCUUGACAAAGCUAUUUCUGGGGUUCUUUUAGCAACUGUCGAGAUUGCUUUCGUUCAGGGAUGUCUGACUUGGUUGCUAUUUAGACUAUUCUCUAUACACUUCUUGUACAUGUCGACUGUGCUUGCAUUUAUUAGCUUUGUUUUGCCGUUAUUUCCUCCUUGGAUUUCAACAAUUCCAGCUGCUCUGCAACUGGUUUUGGAAGGUAGAUACAUAUUGGCCGUCUGCUUAUUCAUUAUUCAUCUGGUGCUUAUGGAUUAUGCAACUACUGAAAUUCAAGAGGAGAUUCCUGGCUAUAGUGUUUAUCUUACUGGUCUCAGCAUCAUUGGCGGCAUGACAUUGUUCCCAUCUGCAUUGGAGGGAGCAAUAAUGGGGCCACUGAUAACAACUGUUGUAAUAGCUCUAAAGGAUUUGUAUUUCCUGAUGACACCAGAUCAGUUAUGCAACUCUAGCAGUGCAGUCUCCUUUACACCAGUUUUGCCACGGGCUGUCGAAGACAGAGAGAUAUCAGCAAAUAAUUCAAGAAACAGGGCUGCCCCUUUUACUACUUUCUUAAUAAGAAUAGCCAUGAGAGUAUCAAGAUCAAGGUGUUACAGUUUCUUGAGAAGAGUUUUUCAUUACCAGAACGGAUCAAGAUUGGAUCUUGGGUCGAAUCCAUUCAAUUCUCGGACCUGGAUGUUGAUGGAAUUUCUUGCUUUAACCGUUCAAAUUACUCUCAUUACAUAUACUCUGUGCAUCGCCAAUGAUGAGAGGCCGGUUUGGCCCAUGAGAAUAUGGGUUUCCGGGUAUGCUUUAGGGUGUUUUCUGAGCCUUGUUCUCCUCAACUGGCGCUAUCUGUUCUUUUAUGCAUCUCAAAGAAACAAUAAUCCCAGUUUUUCUGAUAUUGAACAGCAGAGAAAUGUCCAAGAAUCAAGAAGUUUGCAGAACAUGGAUAAAUGCAGGACAUGGCUUGAGCUUUUAUUUGCGAUAUGGUUUGUGAUGGGGAAUGUCUGGGUGUUCGACUCCCGGUUCGGGUCGUAUCGACAAGCUCCGAAACUUCAUGUCCUCUGCAUAUCACUGCUUUCUUGGAAUGCCAUCAGCUAUUCAUUUCCAUUCAUACUUUUUGUGUUACUAUGCUGCUGUGUACCACUGCUUAGCAGCUUCCUAGGUUACAACAUGAACAUGGCAUCCCAUGAUAAAGGGGCAACUGAUGAACAGCUUGCCAAUUUACCAACCUGGAAAUAUAAGGAUGUUGGCAAGAGUUUCGAGCUUGGGAAUCCGACCAAAGAUGAUGAAAAUACAGAAUGCUGUAUCUGUUUGGCCAAGUACAAAGAUAAGGAAGAGAUUAGGCAGUUACCAUGUACUCAUAUAUUUCAUUUAAAGUGUGUGGAUCAAUGGCUCAAGAUUAUCUCUUGCUGUCCUCUUUGUAAACAAGGACUGGAGAAAUAA